AUGAAGCUCUAUCCUCCUCCGGGAACUGAGAUCAAAGCCAUCGGGUUCUCCGAGUUUUGCGAGGUCAACAACCACACUUUUAAACGAAAAAGGGGAACAACUGAAUGGACCGCCGUUGACACUAUGAAUGCACCAGAAGAAUCUCCGGGUGAGCCUUUGCAUUGGGCACUCUUUGUGGCUCGCGAAAAUCAACCCGGCCAGGUUUACGAAGUCACUGGGGAUGCUGAACAUAUGACUUAUAAUUCUCCUCCCGACCUAGUCCAGAUUUUAGAUUCCGAAUCACUCAAAGACAUCUACUUUAUUGCCUCAGUUACAGAGAAACAGGCCGCUAUUGUGAAACAAAUCGCCGACCAAGAGCCUCCACCACGCGCUGCAAGCCGCAAGGAGGUGAAAGAGAACUGUCAAGGCUGGGUCCUUCGUGUUCUGUCCCGACUUGUAGAAAAGGGCUUUGUAGAUAGAGCGAAACUUGAAAUGGCUAAUCAAUGGAGCAGCCAAUCCAAAAAUAAUAAUGACCUCACACUGAAAUUGAUAGGGGCCUGGGAAAUUAUCCCCAAUGUACAGGUAGGCCCACUGCUUCCUAAUUUCUUACUGGCUUCCGGCACAUAUAAUUGA